AAUGGCGGCGGGCGCCGCUGCCCUGAAUUGGAGGCGUGUUUCUUCCUUCACGGGGCCGGUACCCCGAUCUCGGCACGGCCACCGCGCCGUGGCGAUCCGCGAGCUGCUCAUCAUCUUCGGGGGCGGCAACGAGGGCAUCGCCGAUGAGCUUCAUGUGUACAACACCGCCACAAACCAAUGGUUUCUUCCUGCUGUCAGAGGAGAUAUUCCACCAGGUUGUGCAGCCCAUGGAUUUGUCUGUGAUGGUACCAGAAUAUUAGUAUUUGGAGGAAUGGUUGAAUAUGGAAGAUAUAGUAAUGAUUUGUAUGAAUUACAGGCAAGUCGAUGGCUGUGGAAGAAAAUGAGACCUCAGCCCCCUUCAGCAGGUCUGCCUCCAUGCCCUCGCCUUGGCCAUAGCUUCUCUCUGUAUGGCAACAAGUGCUACUUAUUUGGUGGACUGGCAAAUGAGAGUGAAGACUCAAACAAUAACAUUCCCAGAUAUUUAAAUGAUUUCUAUGAAUUGGAGCUACAGCAUGGAUCAGGAGUCAUAGGCUGGAGUAUUCCAGUGACCAGAGGAGUUUUGCCAUCUCCCAGAGAAUCUCACACAGCUGUUAUAUACUGUAGAAAAGACUUGGGAAAUCCGAAAAUGUUUAUAUUUGGAGGGAUGUCUGGUUGUCGGCUCAAUGACCUUUGGGAGCUUGAUAUAGAGACAAUGACUUGGUCGAAACCAGAAACUAAAGGGACAGCGCCACUUCCCCGUAGUCUCCAUACAGCCAGUGUAAUAGGAAACAAAAUGUACAUUUUUGGUGGAUGGAUCCCACAGAGUUCAGAUGAGAGCCUCCCUUCUCAAGAUGGGGAGUGGAAAUGUACUGGGUCAUUUUCUUAUUUAAAUUUAGAUACUACAGAAUGGGUAAAUCUAAUUCCAGAUUGCCAGGAAGAUAAAAACAAUUUGUUACCAGGUCCAAGAGCUGGCCAUUGCACAGUCAUUGUUGGCUCUCGCUUGUAUAUAUGGAGUGGCAGAGAUGGCUACAGGAAAGCUUGGAACAAUCAAGUUUGCUGCAAAGAUCUUUGGUAUCUAGAUACAGAGAAACCACCAGCACCAUCACAGGUACAGCUGAUCAGAGCUACAACUAAUUCGUUUCAAGUUAAAUGGGAUGAAGUUCCUACUGUUGAAGGAUACCUGCUUCAACUAAAUUUAGAUAUGCCAGCACCUGUUGCAGCUGAAAUACCCAUUACUGUGGCACCUGAGCCACGAUUGCCAUGUGUGCAAGGAACUAAACUGGAUCUCCACCCCCAAACUCUCAGUGCCUCAAGCAAUGUGCAGAUUUCCAUUUCAGAGGCUAAAGCAAAGAUUCCAGAAACUGAAAACACGAAGAAAAACCAUUCCAUUUCCAAAGAGUCCAAUGCCCCUUUAUGUUUGCCUGCUAGCACUUUAGGUCCUCAGAUGUCAGCAAAUCUAAAUGAAUUGCUUGACCUUGAUUCAAGAACUUCCCAAUUAGAUACUUCUACAUCUGGCAUAACCUUCACCCUGCAAAAUAAAGUAACUCAGCAGGCUGUUAGAACCAACUCAUCGAAUGGGGUAGUUGCAAAAGAUGAAACUUCAUCAUUAUCAACAGUUAAAGAGUCUCUGGUGCCCUCAGCUAGAGUCACGGUUAUUAACCCACUUGAUUCAGCUACACAGUUGCCUAAACCACCACCACCGAAGCAGAAUGCAAGAGUGAGAACACAGGAACGAAGGUGGUGUGAUGUUGGCAUUUUUCAAAGCAACACUGCGUUAGUGAGCCAGUUUUAUUUGCUGCAAGAAGAAAAGGCUGUGCUUUCUAGCAAGGGAGACAAUACAGAUAUUCCAAAUGACAGUUUACUUAAGAAACAGGAUCUCGCUCCUGGCACUUUAUACAGAUUCAGGGUUGCUGCAAUUAAUGGAUGUGGUGUAGGGCCUUUCAGCAAAGUCAGUGAAUUUAAGACUUGCAUCCCUGGGUUUCCUGGAGCACCUUCAAUUGUCAAAAUUAGCAAGAGUGCAGACUGUAUUCAUCUUUCAUGGGAGCCUCCAGUUUCACCUUCUGGAAAUAUCUUGGAAUAUUCGGCCUAUUUGGCAAUAAGAACCACCCAACUUCACGAAAACCCUAAUCAACUUAUGUUUAUGAAAAUCUAUUGUGGCCUUAAGACGUCAUGUACAGUGACUGCUGCCCAGCUUGCAAAUGCUCACGUUGAUCAUACCUCCAAGCCUGCCAUAGUGUUCAGGAUCUCAGCAAAGAAUGAGAGGGGAUAUGGACCAGCCACCCAGGUUCGGUGGCUCCAAGAAAUGAAAACAUCAAGCUCAAAAUAGAAGCAGGAUAUUAUACUGCAAAUUGUGAAUGAGCAGUUAGUACUCUUGAAGUUUUGUGAAUCUUCCAAAUAUUUAAUUUUAUGUCAGCUUGACUUCACAACGUCAGCAUUGUGCAGUCUUGAAAAACGGGGCCUAGAGUGACCACAUUUUUUCAUAGUACUUUAUCUAGCAUGGUCACUGGCUACUAUCCAGAGGGUUAUGUAAUCAUCUGAAUUUUGGAGCGUCUUCCUUACAAUAUCUCCUAAUGCAUAGAUCCCCAGCUGUGUUAGCUUCCAACACAUAGGAAAGGGCCAUAGCUCAAUGACUGAGCAUGUGCCUUGCAUGUGAAAGGUGCCAAGGUAAAUCUCUGGCUAGUCUAGGUAGGGUUUGGAAAGGCUCUGUCUGAAAUCUCAGAGAAUUGCUCCUGAUUAAUGUAGACAAUCUUGAGUUAGAUUAUGGUCUAACUAAGGCUUCUUGUGUUCCCAGACAUAGAUGCUCAAUUACAGUUUAUGUUUCAUUAAAUUUGAAAAGCAAGUUUGUGGUGUGUUACGAAAAUCGCUUAAAGAGAAAUUCACCGGAGGAGGGGGAAGAAUAAUGUGUUUUAAACACACUGAUUUCUCUUUAAACUUUUUCAGGACAGAUCUGGAAGUGUUUAAAAUAGAGUUCAGAGGUUUGCUUGGGGAGCUAAUGAGAGAGUCCCCCAAAACUUUGGUUGUGUGCACACCCUUGUGGAUGAUGGUCUGUAAAGCUAUUGCAGAAUGAGCUGUUUAAAGAAUGCAGUAAAUAUAGAGCAUCAGAGAUGCUAAAAGUGAAUUAUUUGGUUUUCAACAGCAUAAUAAUGGCAUUUUCUAAUUAAUGUUGGCUGAUUGAGUCAUCUUUUUACAAUAGUAACUAUUUCAGAGAAAUAUGAUUUGUCUUAUCCUAUUUUUAGUUCAUUUUUGUGACAUAGGGCUGCUUUUGAUGUACAGCUUCCUUCAUGGGUAUCAGCCUCAUCAGCUUUAUAAAAAAAAUUAGAAAUCAAGGCAAUAUGUAUCCUUGUCACACAAAUGAGCACUUGUUUCCCUGCCUAAUUACUCCCAUGUUUUCAGAAGUAUUUGUGGGAAUGACUUGGAGGGAAUGAAAGCCAUCAUAUGAAAACCAUCUCUGUAGAAUUAACUAUAGUUUUGCGCUGAGACAGCGUAUGGUAGGCUUUGUUGCACUGAGGAUUUUAUCCAAUGAGAGAUUAACAGACUGUUGGGUUAACACGAUGGCCAGCCAAAGGAUGAAGAACAGCUUCAAGAAGCAGAGGCUAUAUUCAGUCACCGUGGUGGACACCACUGUCAAUCUGUUGUAUUCAUCCACUUCACGUUGCAAUUGUGCACAAUUUAUAGGCCCACACAGCUCUGUCACCCCCAUUUUUGUAGCAUCAAGACACAGUGCUUACCUAAAUUCCACAGGAAAUUGAUAAUUUUUGAUAGUGCAAUUUUUUCAUGGCUGUUUGUAAAGUUAAGGGCUAAAAUUGUGCUUUAAUACCUUCUUACUUGCCACCUAAGAAGCAGAUCGAAGAUUUCUCCAUCACCUCCUUUCUGGCAGUUUCACUGUCAAGAUUCCUGUGUCUUCUAGUAUCCAGAAAAAAAUGCAACUCAGGCUGCAAAAAACUGGCCUGUGCAAUGGGUAUAAAUCCCAUUGAGUCCAGUAGGGCUUAUUUCUGAACAGUUUUGCAUAGAAUUUUAUUGCAUAUUUUUAGAUGCUACCCAUAAUGCAUAGCUUAAUGGCCUCAUUUUGCAAUGAAGGCAAAGUUGAUGUGAUGCCACAGGUCAGUACAGGUCUUCCAACAAACUCUGACCAUUUGGCUUAACACAAGACAUUAUAAGGUAGAACCCUAAAGAUACACAAAUUGCAUCAAAUGCAGUCCAAAAAGUAUGACAAAUCACAAGUGAGUAGAUGUUCCUGUUCCACCUGAAUUUGAGAUAGGUAGGUAGGUAGGUAGAUAGAUAGAUAGAUAGAUUGAUAGAUAGAUAUAGGCAGCUUUGUUUUCCUCUGGAUUUUGUAUCCAUGUUUAGUGUAACAAAGAUACUUUAGUUUACAGUAACUUAAAAUGUAUAGAAUAUUUUAAUAUAUUCAUUUUUGUAAAGAUUUUUCUAGUGUUUACAAACACGUAUUCUAAUCUUUGAGAAUAUCCUGAUAUGCAAAUUGCUAAACUAGUCACUUCUGUUAUUAAAAGCAGACUCUGUGUAAAUGCACUACUAUUAAUUUCUCAUGGGCAUAGAAAUGUUAAAAUCUGUAGAAAGUUUGAACGUUUACAAAAGUGCCCCAUAGUGAAUGCAUCACACACCCACAAAAGAAAGAAGAAAAAAAAAGAGAAAAGAAUCCUAUGCUUUGUUUUGGCAUAAUCAUGCUAUUUUGCACUAGUAAGAAUUGUAACAUUUUUGUGUUGCUUCCAGAAACUGUAUUGGUCUAAAGUUAAAGCAGAUUUGCACAUCUUUGCAUGCUUCUCUGACAAACAUUUUUCAUGACUUUUCUCAAAGGCUUGGGAUUUUAUUUUGCUAAUAGCCUUAGUUUCAUAUCCUAAUAUUGGAAUCGUCAAUAUUUUUAUCUUAAUCAUGUUAUUAAUAAUGUGCCAGAUGCUUCAUUCCCCUUCAGUUUUUCUACAUGGAAGAGUAAAAAUGUGCAUGUGCCCCGAAAAGCAAUCAUCUAGACAAUGUUCAAAAUCUAGUGUGCACAUUUAUCUACCACCUUAUGUAGCAAAAAUGUGUAUGAAGCACUUACUAGGAAUGUUAAUCUGUUCUGAAGCACGCAAGUGUAUUAAAUAGAGGCAUUAAGAUGCUCUUUUAUACAUUAAUAGUUGUUUAUCAUAUUAUAGCAUAAAGUGGCUAAAUUGUGCCAGUAUAUAAUAUAGGCAGUGAAUAUAGCUUGAUGAUGCAAUCCCACAGGAACAUUUCUGUGAACAGUAGUGCUGUUUACAUUAAUUUGUGUGGACCUUAUACAGGUUCCUGUGGAUUGCAUCCUUCAGCAUCUAAAUAAAAUGAUUUUUUAAAAAAUAAUCUCUAUUUUGAAACCUGAUUUAGUACAUAUGUGCAAUAGAAUGAAUAUUUUGCACUUCAGUUUUCCAUCAAUGCCUAAGAAUUAAGAUGGGAAUUACUUGAUCUACAAGGAUCAAUUUUAAAGUGGAUUAUGGUAAUAGUAAUGCUUUACUAUCAUUCCAUGUUCACAUUUACAAAACCUCUUUGAGGAAGGCCCAUUAUAAUCCAUUUUUAGAUAGAGAAACUGGGAGAAAUUCACUUGAAGAAACUCUGCUUUGGCUCAUUUCCUACAUAACAGUAAACCAUAAGAUGAUUGGUUUGGUUACCCCUUGUGAUAUAUGAACCAAGCCACUGUGGUUUGUAUGGUUUAUGGCUUACCGUAAGGCAGACUGUUAUGGCUUCAACAGACUGGCUUAGCAUAAUCCCAGUGAGUUCAUGGUUUGUUUAGAAUUAGAACCCAGCUCCCCCAACUUCAUCCCCAAUACUUAUUAAUAUUCCAAGGGAGAUACUUGUUCAAAUAACGACUGCAAACAGUUUGGUGUAUAGGGACAUGUGGCUUGGUGCCUAGCUUAGCACCCUCAGAUGUGUUGGGACUGUGAGUUUCAGAAUAGUGGCUAAAAGCUUCAGUCCCAAGACAUCGGUAGGGUGGCAGGUGGAGAAAGCCACCUUCAGAUAGUAGAAUUCCAACUUUACGAUAUACUGAUGCAGCACAAUCUGUAAUGCCAUGAAAAAACUUACAGCGGAAUACAUGUUAAAAGCUUCCUUGAAUUGCUAAUAAAUUAAGUAGCACUUUAUUGGCUACUCUCUGAGAAGGGAAUAAGUUAGUUCAAUAAACUUUUGCAUAUGUUAGCGAGAGCUGACAAUAACUUUUGCUUGCUGGGUUUUUCUGAGAUACAUGUUUGCAGUGUGAUAUAAAGAGGGUGGGGUGGGAUGACAGUUAUACUACCUAUACAACACUGUGUCUAUUUGUGGUGUAAUGACACAGAUGCCCAGAGUGCGACUAACAUGUUCUUUCAUGCACCUUAUGAUAUGUACCCUUUCCUGAGGCAAAUGUGUAACAACCACCCCAGAGAAAAUGUUUGUUGCAGCCAUACAAUUCUGGUUCUUAGCAGUUAAAAAUCACUCAGGCUACAAUGAGUAUAGCAUACAUUAGAUCAGUGUUUCUCAACCUUGGCAAGUUUAAGAUGGGUGGACCUCAAUGCCCGGAAUUACCCAGCC